AGCAGACCGAGAGGUUAGUUCCACUUUCGCUCUUGCCGCGUUCGAACGCAGACGACUCGUUCCCUCGCGCAGUGGAUACGCUUUUAUAAACACUCAAGUGUUUGGCGAUUAUUACAUGGUUAUCUACUUGCACACUGCUGAAUAAUAUCUCACCAUGAAAUUGAAAAUCUUGAUUCCCUUCCUGCUUCUUUUGACUUUAGUAAAUGGCCAAUACAGAAGCUACGACUGGAGAACUUCGAGUAGAAUUCAAGAAUGGCCAAAAUUCAGUUCCCUUUCGUCACUUGAACACCAAGCAGCUACCGAAAGCUAUCCUGUAAAGGAAGAUUUCAGGAGAUAUCCUGAGCCUUUUCCUUACCUCGACAGUUCUUUCUCUUCUGAUUUCCAAAACGUGCCUUAUGUGGAUCAAAGCAUCUCUGUGUCCUAUGAUAGUUACGGUGAACAACCUCGUCAACAACUGAAUAUGACAACCGUAAGAAUUGGUGGAUUUGCUGGUUCAGGUGACACAAGAGGAUAUGGUGCCUAUGAUUUCCCCAAGAAUAACCACCCAGAGCCUUUGGAUCAUCCAGAACCAGAACCGUAUGAUGAUAUUCCUGAUAUUCCUUUAAGACGUCCAUACAUGCAUCGCGAGUUGAAGGAUCUGCUGAGAAUCAACAGAAAUCACCAUUCAAGACAUCCUGAUCCAAUGCUUAUCCACCCACUGCCACCCCCGCUGUAAUGGAAAGUCUGCCAAGUUGGUUGCCAAAGUUACUCUCACAAACGCCAAUUUAAAGACACCAUUUAGAAGUUGUUAUUGUCAUUUAUGUAAAUGUGGAAUCAUUAGUUCAAAUUUGCACCAUGUCUUUUAUGGAAGAAAAUUAAGGGUUUGGGCUCAUUUUUAUCAGAAUGGCUUUCGAAAGCAUAAGAAUCAUCUUUACAAACAUGUAAAAAUCUUCUUUACAAAUAAAUGUAUAAGAAUCUGUUUUACGAAUACACGCAAAUUGCCUUCAUGAAAACACAAGAAUAUUCUUUACGAACACAAGAAAUUAUCUCAUAAAUACAUAACAAAGAAUUAACAAAGGAAUCUUUUAGAAAAGAAAAUUAAAGUAUGAAACUGUGGUAUGGUUCCAACGCUUGAGGUUUCAUUCUUAAUAAAAGACAUUGUGUAAAUAAUAGUUUAAGAGAAAAAUUUAUAUAUAUAUAUAUUUGUAUUAUUUCAAAUAUCACAUAUGUAUUCGUAUAUUUGCUGUUAUGCACUCUUAUUCAUGGAAUAUUACUUUCUACCUGCUAAGUUAUUACAUCGGAAUUAAUGCAAGCUGCUGAAUAAUUAAAUUAAUUCUGUAAAACAAUAUAAAGAAACUUUUCAAAUAAUGCAACUGUAAUCUAAUAUUAUAGUACCAUUUUUAUUGAAAAUCAGGAAUUAUUUUAUAUAAAAUGGUAAUUAAAUAUAAAAUAGGAAAAUUAAAAGAAAUUUGCAUUUUACAAAUCUAAUAAUUACAUUUAAUGCUUGCUUGAUUCGUAGAAGUUAAAUAAAAUUGUGCAUUCUUACGAAUUACUAUUUUCUAAUUCUUAAGCUAUGUGCUAAUUUUAAUAAGAUAAUUCUAUAAUCAAUAAUAAUUCAUAAGAAUUACUGUUGAUUGUCAGACAAAUAACUUUAUUUUG